AUGGCCUCCGUCAAGAAUCGAACUGUUCUCUACCUCACAUCGCUAUACCUCCUAUCGGGUAUGGUUGUACUUGGAAAGCCCCUUCAGCAGCGACAAAGUUCCAGCUGCACGCCCGGAUUCUCUUCCGACGAUCCGUUCGAUUGGAACAACUCAGAACCUGUAGGGUUUUCCAGUGGCAUAAAGGACGGUUCCGGCUUGAUAAAGGCGCGAGAGCGUGGCCUUUUCAAGUUCCAUAAAGUCGCUUCGUCGUCGCCGACUUCGUUUUCUAUCACCGCGUUUGAAGAUCCCAAGCUCUUCGUCGGUCUUCGGGCAAAUUCCUCGCUUUACCUGACCAAAGACCAGACAAACACGCGCUUCAUCAUAGAUUGUGGUGAUUGUGGAAGCUUUGUUGAGGACAACUGUUUCAUGAGACUUGCGGAUAAGCCCGACCAAUGCGUGCAAAUAGGAAAGGGACCUCAACGAGGGAGUACCGGCGAAGCGUUGACUGUAGUGACUCCAUGUAAACGAGAAGACAGCCAAAGGUUCAACUUCUUCAAACGCGUUACACCCACCAGCACCACUGCUAGCUCUCCGUCUUCAACCAAAUCUCCUUGGGAGCACGACAAUGGACACUCGGCACCGAGUCAAAUCAAGCCUUCCUCAGUCCCAAAGCCAACUCCUAGUAUCUGCAACCCCACAUUCGACUUCGAAGGCGUGAGGGUAGCAAAUAGUGCUGUCAACUGGGGAGCUGCCGCUUUCGUCGAUAAUACCGACCUCAUCGCCGAAAGGGACUUCAAUAAGCGAUUGGAGAUUCGCUUCGAACAAACUGGUCACCCUAACCCCUACUAUAUAGCAAAAUCUCUGAAUGGCACUAACCUCGCUAUCGCGUCUCGUGCGACCAACGACAAUCUAUACUUCCUCCCCAUCGAUGAAGAGAACGAUCGCAAGAAGUUCCUCAUCGAAUGCGCUUCUGGGUGCACGGGCGGGAGUCAGGUCGCUCCUGGUGGCUUUGUCGCCGACGGCUGCGUGGUCAAGUCACAAUUCAACGGGAGAUGCGUUCAAGUUGGAUCUGGGCCAACAGCAGGGACACAAGGCGACCGAAUCUUCCUGAAUAACUGCGAUGGCUCUGACAGUCAGCGAUUCAACUUCAUUACUUCCCCAUUCAAAACUACUGGCCGCAAGGUCGCAACAGCAGACUCGGAUCUCGCUCCCACUGAUGCGAAAGUCCAUCUUGCUGGUAGCGGAGAAGGUGGAGACCUCGACCUCGACUUGAAAGAGUUGAUAAGGAAUAGUUAUAUCGCCCUUGGUCUACUCGCUGGUGUUCUACUGGCAUUGAUUGUCCUGGGGGCGCUGGCGCUGGCGCGAGGGUGUGGGAAGGGUCGGGACUCAAAACCGCGCUAUGCAGCAGUUUCUAGGAAAGGUGAUACGGACAUUUUCGUUGCACCACGGUACAGCGACUGA